CCCCACAGAUAAUGCCAUGGACGGGGGGGCUCAGCAGAGCAGCCUCUGGGAGCCCCCCGAGCAGGAUGGGGGUCCUGGUGAGCGGGAUGGGGGCGAGGGGCCGCCCGAGGUCAGGCGCUCCCAGCCCCUCUUCAUCCACGGCAGCAGCCGGCAGCCGCCACCGGAGGAGCCACGAGCGUCGUCGCUGCCCAGCAUCCCCAACCCCUUCCCCGAGCUCUGCAGCCCCUCCAACUCACCCAUCCUGAGCAGCCCGGCCCUGGGACAGGGACCCCCCCGCGAGGGCACCCCCCAUGUGGUGAAGGUGUUCGGCGAGGACGGCGUGUGCCGCUCGCUGGAGGCCUCGGCGGCGACCACGGCGCGGCAGCUCUGCGAGACGCUGGUGCGCAGGACGCGCGCGCUGCACGACCACAGCUGGGCCCUGGUGGAGCUGCACCAGCACCUGGCCCUGGAGCGCUGCCUGGAGGACCACGAGUCGGUGGUGGAGGUGCAGAGCUCCUGGGCCCCGGGCGCCGACAGCCGCUUCGUGUUCCGCAAGAACUUUGCCAAGUACGAGCUCUUCAAGAGCAACGCGCAGUUGCUGUUCCCUGAGGUGAUGGUGUCCAGCUGCCUGGAGGCCAACAAGAGCAUGGCGCACUCCGAGCUCAUCCAGAAUUUCCUCAACUCUGGCAGCUGCCCUGAGGUCCAGGGCUUCCUGCACCUGCGGGAGGCCGGGCGCAAGGUCUGGAAGCGUUUCCACUUCUCCCUGCGCCGCUCGGGGCUCUACUACUCCACCAAGGGCACCUCCAAGGACCCCCGGCACCUCCAGUACUUUGCUGACCUCACCGAGUCCAACAUCUACUACGUGACGCAGGGCAAGAAGCUCUACGGGACGCCCACCGAGUUCGGCUUCUGCAUCAAGCCCCACAAGGUGCGGAGCGGCGCCAAGGGCCUGAAGCUGCUCUGCAGCGAGGACGAGCAGAGCCGCAGCUGCUGGGUGGCCGCCUUCCGCCUCUUCAAGUACGGGAUGCAGCUCUACCGCAACUACCAGCAAGCGCAGGCACGACUGAGCCAACCCCCCUGGAUCGGCCCCACGCCCCUGCGAAGCGUCUCGGACAACGCGCUGGUGGCCAUGGACUUCUCAGGGUGCACGGGCCGGGUGAUCGAGAACCCCAGCGAGGUGCUGAGCGUGGCCCUGGAGGAGGCACAGGCCUGGAGGAAGAAGACGACGCACCGCUACAGCCUGCCCGCAGCCUGCCACAGCUCCCCGCUCAGCGCCGCCAUCCACCGCACCCAGCCCUGGUUCCACGGGCGCAUCUCCCGGGAGGACACCCAGCAGCUCAUGGGCCGCCAGGGCUUGGUGGAUGGGGUGUUCCUGGUGCGGGAGAGCCAGCGGAACCCCAAGGGCUUCGUGCUGUCCCUGUGCCACCUGCAGCGCAUCAAGCACUACCUCAUCCUGCCGAGCGAGGAGGAGGGUCGGCUCUACUUCACCAUGGACGACGGGCAGACGCGCUUCGCCGACCUCAUCCAGCUGGUGGAGUUCCACCAGAUCAACCGCGGCAUCCUGCCCUGCAAGCUGCGGCACUACUGCACCUGCGUGGCCCUCUGA